UGUUCCAUUUUGUCGGAUUUCUUCUAUGUCCCAUUUUGUUGGCUUCUCCUAUAUGUACCAUUUUGUCGGCCCUUCCAUAUGUACCAUUUUGUCGGACCUUCCACAAUGUGUCAUUUUGUCGGACUUCUCCUUUGUUCCAUUUUGUCGGAUUUCUUCUAUGUUCCUUUUUGUCGGAUUUCUACCAGGUAUCGUUUUGUCUCUUAUGUAUCAUAGACGUUCAUAA